UCGUUCCCGGAACUGGAGAGGAGCGGCGUUGCCAUGGCGGCGACCCUGGGGCAGGUGCUGGCUCUGGUGCUGGUGGCCGCUCUGUGGGGUGGCACACAGCCGCUGCUGAAGCGGGCCUCCUCGCACCUGCAGCAGGUUCAUGAGCGGACCUGGGCCCGGCAGUUGCUGCAGGAGACGAAGACCCUCUUCUUGAAUACUGAGACCUUUCCGGAGGGAGGGCUUAGGGCUCAAAUUGGCCCUGGGGAGGCAGGAUAUGGAGAACUACCUCUGACCCCAACGCUGCCAGUCUGGGCUAGUGGGAAAGACAAGACAUACACACAACCGCCUCUUAGGGCUAAGGGCUUUGAGAGAGGUACAGUUUUCUUUUGUUUCCAGUACCUGAUGCCCUUUUCCCUCAACCAGUGUGGCUCCCUUCUCUACUACCUCACCUUGGCAUCAACAGAUCUGACCCUAGCUGUGCCCAUCAGUAACUCUCUGGCCAUCAUCUUUACACUGAUUGUUGGGAAGGCUCUUGGAGAAGAUAUUGGUGGAAAACGAGCAUUCGCAGGCAUGGUGCUCACCGUGGCAGGAAUUGCACUCUGCAUCACAAGCUCAGUGACCAAGACCCAGGGGCAACCAUCUACGCCUUGAGUGAACCAAGGCCACCCUCCGGCUCUGCUGUCUCCAGGAAGCCCCCGGGCCAUGAGGGAGAGGCAGUGAGCAUGCGGACUUAGCCCUCCCACCCCCCUCCACCCCCCAGCCUCAGCUUCCUCAUCUCUUGGGAUAAUAGCUACCUCAUGGAUCGUAAUAAGAGAACAAAAGUGAAAGGGUUUUGUAACUUCCACGUGCUGUUCACCUGCUCGGAUUUAGCACAAGAGACUUCACACUCACACUCACCCUCAGCAACCUUUCUGCCCCAGCAGCACACUUUCUGCUGUCAUGU